AUGCUUUUGGCUAGUUUAUUAUUUGCUUUCAUGUACAAAUUUUCGGUGUAUUAUAAUUUGCCUAAAACAUGGAAGAAAAUAUCAAGUUCGGAUAUUGCACUAGUCACAGGUGGAUCCAAUGGCUUGGGCUUAGCACUUGUUGAAGAGCUUUUAAGGAAAGGCGCAUUGGUAUACAUUUUUGAUGUUAGUAAGCCCAAGUUGCUGCACGAUAAUCUUGUCUAUGUACACUGUGAUCUUAAUGACGAACAAAGUGUUAACACUGAAUUAAAGAAGUUGAUAGAUGAAUUAAAUUCCAGAAAUACAUGGAUUACUAUUUUGAUCAACAAUGCCGGUAUUAGAGACAACAAAUCAUUAAUAAACUUGAGUUGCGACAGGGUGAGAACAAUGUUCAAUAUAAACACAUUACUGCCAAUUUGGAUUCUACAAAAGGUGAUCAGUAAUCACAUUGACAAUGUAUUGUCGGUUUAUCCCGAGGGUCAGUUGUUUGUUGUUACUGUGUCUUCUAUAUUGGGGACUUUAGCACCCAAGAAUCUAUCGGUGUAUUCCGCCACCAAAGCUGCCUCUAUACUGAUACACGAGGCGUUACACCAAGAGUUGAAAGAGUACCUGAACAACAUCAGAUUGUUGUUAGUCACUACCGGCCAAAUGUCUACAGCCAUGUUUAAAGAUGUGGAGCCAUCAAAGCUAUUUUUUGCCCCUAUAGUCAACCACAUUCAGUUAGCAAAAGUGAUUGUUGAUAAGAUAAAUGUUGGCUACGUAGGAUGCAUAUCAAAACCGUUUUAUGCAAACUUUUUGCCGGGGGUCCGAACGGUUCCUCAGUGUAUACAAGACUUUUGCAGAUACAUUUCUGAAAUGGACAAUAAAAUCAAAGAAUAG